AUGCGAAUCUUCAUUUCUGGUCUUCUCACUCUCAUUUCAAUCCUCAAACUUGCAUAUUGUACAUCCUACAACCAACUCAUUGGUUUAUACAGCGGAAAUGAGGCGGAACACGUCAUUUUUGAGAGCCUCGCGAAUAAUCGCCCCCAAAGGCCUAAAAUUUUGCAAAUAGACGAUGACUUGUACUUUAAACUUGUCCUUGCGGAGGAUAGGAGCUACACAUCCGCUGUCCUCUUUAUAAACACGGAGAAUGAAGCACACCUGGAACUGCUCAGACUCUUCUCUGGCGUAUCCAGACGUUUGACCAAGGGAAUCGAUGGCAUAAAGGAUGGAGGUGGCCGUACAUACUUCUUCUACUGCAAUGUUGCUCCUGGAACGGACUCCUGGUUCCUGGAGACUCAGGGCAUUGAGAAUCUCCCGGAGAUUCUAGUCGUUGGACCAGAGGGCCAGGCCUACUCAUUCAACAAUUACAUCGAAGACUUGACGGAGAGACACGAAAUUGAGUGGAGCGUCGAGGUUUUGGAGGAGCUAAUCGAGGUGUUUUUGGGUGAUUGCAUGAGCGGUGAAUGGGAUGGAGAUGGUACUAUUCCCAGUAAUGACAGGAAGAAUAGGCCUACUGGUGGCAAGUGGAGAGAAGCAUUCCACAGACUGUUUGCCAGAAUUGGAGUAGACACUGCAGACGUAUUCAUCUACCUUGUUAUCUUGAUGUUUGCACUGGCCACGGCAAUACUGAGGAGUGGAUAUGGCAGAUACGUCCUCCUCGUAGGUUCAUACUUCGUCUACUUUCUAAGCAUCUCCUGCGUAGUCUUUUCUCUGGUAAACAGGACUCCCCUCUAUGACCACAAGGGCACUUUUUAUGUCGGAAGUGGAAACGGCAUGUCUGGAUCAUUCACCCUAAUAAAAUGGCCAAAUGUGGAAAAGUUAUUUAGCAAGGACAGAGCGUAUCAGUAUGGGUUGGAAGGUGUGAUAUUCUCGCUCUUGCUCUUGUUGGCCGUUGCCAUCUUGUUAGGCUCCGCAAAUUCUGAGGAUGGUGACAGAUGGAUAACCCUUGUCAUAAUCCCUCUCCUUAUCAUCUACAGACUCUUUGCGAUGAAGACCAAGGACCAUGUGCUCUAUGUACUACCUCCGAGGGAUCUACCCAGGGGAUGGCUGAUUGAAGAUCGGCAGGGUAUAUUUUAA